GUGAAAGCGUGAGAUUUCAGUGACGGAAGCAAACUCAAAUUACAGGAGUAUAGUGAAAGCAGUAGGUCACAGACAGAAGAACCCACGUGUUUUGUUAAGCGUGUGUUGGUUGACCCACAACUUACCAUGACGCGCAGGUAACUCUUAUUAAAGGAGCAGGUGCUCAUGUGUUGCUCAUGGAUGGCUGCCACAACACUGUCCUUUUCCCAGACCCUAACUAAAGCCUUGAACUUAUCAGAAUGGACGGCACUGGACAGAAGUACUUCACUCCUAUUGACUUUGUGUUGUUUGCUCUGCUCCUGGUGGCUUCCAUGGCCAUAGGACUGUAUUAUGCCCUCACUGGAGGAUGGCAGAGAACCACACAGGAGUUCCUGUUGGCAGACAGGAGCAUGAGGUGCCUGCCCCUUUCCCUCUCUCUCAUGGCCUCUUUUCAAUCUGCUGUUGCUAUAGUGGGGACACCAGCAGAGAUCUACACCAACGGCACACAGUACUGGUUCAUCGGCUGCGCCUAUAUCCUGGGGCUCCUGAUCCCAGCCCACAUCUUUAUCCCGGUGUUCUACAGGCUCCAUCUCACUAGUGUUUAUCAGUAUCUGGAGCUGCGUUUCUCUAAAGCAGUCCGAAUAUGUGGGACGGUGACCUUCAUUUUUCAGAUGGUUGUUUAUAUGGGUGUUUGUGUAUAUACUCCAGCUCUUGCACUGAAUGCAGUUACUGGUUUUCACUUGUGGGGAACAGUAUUAGCAACUGGACUAGUGUGCACAAUAUACACUACGCUGGGUGGUCUGAAAGCAGUCAUCUGGACAGAUGUUUUUCAGACGGUGGUGAUGUUUGCAGGUCAGCUUGCUGUCGUCAUUGUGGGUGUACAGCAGGCUGGCGGUCUUUCUGAAGUUUGGAGGAAGGUUUCAGAGGGAGGCCUGAUCUCUGGAAUUGACCUAAAUCCUGACCCGACUGUGAGACACACCUUCUGGACAUUGGCAUUUGGUGGUGUGUUUCUCAUGCUCUCUUUAUAUGGUGUGAACCAGGCACAAGUGCAGCGGUACCUUAGCUCUCGCACAGAGAAAGAAGCUGUAAUGUCAUGCUACAUGGUGUUUCCCUGCCUUCAGCUUGCUUUAGGUCUAAGCUGUCUCAUGGGGCUUGUUAUGUUUGCAUGUUAUGGUAAUAACAGUCCCUUAGACAAGCAAUAUAUCACAUCUAAAGAUCAGAUGGUCCUAUACUUUGUCAUGGACAUGCUGCAGGGCAUUCCUGGACUGCCUGGACUGUUCGUUGCAUGCUUAUUCAGUGCGUCAUUAAGCACAAUAUCCUCAGCUUUCAACUCCUUGGCCACAGUAACAAUGGAGGAUUUAAUUAAGCCUCAUUAUCCUUCUAUGUCAGAGGCUAGAGCCACACUACUGUCCAAGAUACUCGCCUUUUCAUAUGGCCUUUUAUGCCUUGCAAUGGCGUAUGUUGUCCAUUUGAUGAACAGUUCUGUUUUGCAGGCAGCUCUCAGUAUCUUUGGGAUGGUAGGUGGUCCCCUGCUGGGACUCUUCUGUCUUGGAAUCUUUUUCCCUUGGUCCAAUAGUACUGGUGCUGUAACAGGACUAGUCGCUGGGCUCAUCAUGGCCUUCUGGGUUGGAAUUGGUGGAUUUGUGGCUCAGAUUCAGCUUCCACAUAAUGGCACUUCUCCACUAUCAACAGAAAAUAUGACCUUGACUACAAUGAGUUCGAUUUUAACUCCAGUCACUGAUAAACCAAGUAAACCUGUUGGGCUACAUGGCUUCUAUUCCCUGUCCUACAUGUGGUACAGUGCUCUCAACUCCACUGUUGUGGUGAUUAUUGGACUUCUUGUCAGUCUCAUUACAGGUCCAAUGAAGAAAACAGAUGUAACAGCUGGCACAAUUUAUCCUCUGCUAGAUAACACACAUUUUUUCCUGCAAAUCCUGCCAAAGCCCAAGCUUUGCUGUGGUUCACCUCCAGAGGACGGGGUAUUAUUUAACUUACAAUUCAAAUUACUACACAUUGUGAGCAAAUGAAUGGUGUUGCCAAGCCAGAGGAAAAUACCGGAACAGAGGAAGAAAUGGAGACUUUUUUGCCACUGAGCCAAAGAUCUCAUUUAGAGAAGGAAACCUCGGUGUGACACAUCAGAAACAUAAAGCCAUUAAUUAGUGAAGUAUGGGAUUUGUAUGAAUAACACUCAUUGAGAAUUUUAUUAGGCACAUCUAUAUUCAAUUAUUCAAGUAUGUAGCAGCAGCACAAUGCACAAAAUUACAUAGAUACAGACCAGAAUCUUAGGGUAGAGUUCGCAUCAAACAUCGGAAUCUAUAUACUACUGUAUAUAGUAGUCUAUGCCACAGUUAAAUUCAGAGAUCACACUUUCCCCAUUCCGAUGUUUGAUGUGAACUCUACCCUAAGAUACUGUCCUGUAUCUAUGUCAUUUUUUUUGCAUUCUGCUGCUGCCAAAUGAUUGAUUGGAUAACUGCAGGAAUGAGUAGAUUUAUAGUUUCUUUUAACAUGGAUGAGUGUACUUUAUUUGUUUACAACCUUGGGGGAAACUUUUCCUAUUCCAAUUCCAAGUAGUUUAUCUAAAAGCUGCUUAUAAACAGGAACCAAGUAUAUGGAAGUCUGUGAAAUUUGAACAAACCGAGAUGGGAAGGAAAUCAAUAAAAAGAAUUGCUAAAAUUGA